AGAGCCGAGACCAGGUCAGUCAUCUCCGGCUCAGGAGUUCCAGGGGUCGGGCCGGGACCCCGGCACGUCCGCGGCCUGCUCUGCGCCUGCUGUGCCCGCGCCCCAGGUCCGGGAAGGACUGCCGUCGGAGUGAGACGCCGCGGCCUCCUGGGCGGGGUCGUUGCUUCAGUGAAGUGAUGCCACCAAGAAGAAAUGAGAAAUACAAACUUCCUGUUCCACUUCCAGAAGGCAAGGUUCUGGAUGACAUGGAAGGCAAACAGUGGGUACUGGGCAAAAUGAUUGGCUCUGGUGGAUUUGGAUUGAUAUACUUAGAAACUAUUCAGAUGAUUCAGAAGGCUUACAAGGACGAUGCAAUGAGUGCGGCACAAAUAAAAGCAUGGCAGAAACACUUCAAAGAUGGUCGAGAAUCUGUUGAAAGUGAUCCAUGUUCUGGAAGGCCUGCAAAAAGCAGAACACCUGAGAAUGCUGAACGUGUGCAGGAAUAUCAAGAAAAUGGCCCAUUAUUUUCAGAACUUAAAUUUUAUCAGAGAGCUGCAAAAAAAGACUGUAUCAAAAAGUGGGUAGAACUCAAACAGCUUGAUUAUCUAGGAAUUCCUACAUUUUAUGGAUCUGGUCUGACUGAAUUCAAGGGAAGGAGUUACAGAUUUAUGGUAAUGGAAAGACUAGGAAUAGAUUUACAGAAGAUCUCAGACCAGAAUGGUACCUUGAAAAAGUCAACUGUCCUGCAGCUAGGUAUCCGAAUGUUGGAUGUACUGGAAUAUAUACAUGAAAAUGAAUAUGUUCAUGGUGAUAUAAAAGCAGCAAAUCUACUUUUGGGUUACAAAAAUCCAGAUCGGGUUUAUCUUGCAGAUUAUGGACUUGCCUACAGAUAUUGUCCCAGUGGGAACCACAAACAGUAUCAGGAAAAUCCUAGAAAAGGCCAUAAUGGGACAAUAGAGUUUACUAGCUUGGAUGCCCAUAAGGGAGUAGCCCUGUCCAGACGAAGUGACGUUGAGAUCCUUGGCUACUGCAUGCUGCGGUGGCUGUGUGGGAAACUUCCCUGGGAACGGAACCUGAAGGACCCUGUGGCUGUGCAGACUGCUAAAACAAAUCUGUUGGAUGAGCUCCCUGAGUCAGUGCUAAAAUGGGCUCCUUCUGGAAGCAGUUGCUGUGAAAUCGCCCAAUUCUUGGAAAGUGCUUAUCGUUUAGCAUAUGAUGAAAAGCCAAACUAUCAAGUGCUCAAGAAAAUUCUGAACCCAGGUGCAAUACCUUUAGGACCACUGGAAUUUUCCACUAAAGGACAGAGUAUAAAUGUAUAUACUCCAAACAAUCAAAAAGUUGAUUCACAAAAGGCUGCAACAAAGCAAGUCAAUCAGAUGCAAACUAGGUUAACAGAAAAAAAAGUCCACAGUGAGAGAAGUGCUGAGUCCUGUGCAACACAGAGAAAAGUGCAAAAGGAGGAGAAGCUCAUUGGACUGAUGAAGAAUGAAGCAGCUCAGGAAAGCACAAGGAGAAGACAAAAAUACCAAGAGUCUCAAGAACUUUUGAAUGACGUAAACCAUUUCCCACAAAAAUUCAGCUAUAUACAAUUCCCAAAUUCAUUUUAUGAACCUCAUCAGGAUUUUCCCAGUCCAGAUGUGUUCAGUAAGUCAAGAUCUCCAUCUUGGUAUAAAUACACUCCCACAAUUAGUACAGGGAUCAAAGACUUAGAAAGUUCUACAAGACUUUGGUCUACAAUUUCUCAGUUUACUCUUAGUGAAGAGAUAAAGGCAGAUGUAUAUUAUUAUGGCUUCACCAUACUUGUCCUUUUGGUGUUAGUAUGUCUUGCUUUAUAUUUUCUCUGAAGAUAGCAAAUGAUAUCCUUGUUUCAGGGUUUCCUCUCAGACAUUUUCAAGGUAAUUGGCUUAAAGAAGAGCAUAUAUCUUAAUAAAGACACUCUAAAAAAUAAAAUUACCUUAUACUAGAAA